AUGGCGUCCAAGAGCGCCAUCUUGCCUCUGCUGAGGCGUGAGAUGCGAUCAUCUAUGCGGAUUGCACGAGCUACUCCCUCCGUCUCCUCCGCGCUCUCUUCCGCUCGUCCCGCUCGUCCCUUCUCCCGUGUUGUCCGAACCACAUUCGCCUAUCCCCAGACGCGUGCAUUUUCCCAGUCAGUAGUACGGAGUUUUACUGAUGAGAAUGGCAACUUUGAUCCCCGGAAGUUGGACCGCGAGUCCGACGAGGUGGACGUGUGUAUUGUGGGUGGUGGUCCCGCCGGUCUUGCUGCUGCUAUCAAAUUGAAACAACUCGCCAAUGAAGCCGGCAAUGAGGAUUUCCGCGUCAUUCUGUUGGAGAAGGCUGGUGAGAUUGGUUCCCAUAUCGUGUCCGGCAAUGUCCUUCAGCCGACCGCCAUGAACGAGCUCUUCCCGGACUGGCUGUCCGAAGACAACCCGUCGCGCUUUACUGGCGCAACCCCAGCAAAGAGCGACAAGAUGCGAUUCCUCACCAAAAACGGCUCAUACCCGCUCCCGACCCCGCCGCAGAUGCACAACGAAGGCAAUUACAUCAUCAGUUUGAGCGAGUUGACGCAGUGGAUGGCUGAGCGAGCAGAGGAGGUUGGAGUGGAGGUCUACCCCGGUUUCGGCGCCAGUGAAAUGGUCUACAGGUCAGAUGGGUCCGUGAAGGGUGUGGCUACCAAUGAUCUCGGUCUGAACCGCGAAGGCAAAGCCAAGGAUACCUUUGAACGGGGAAUGGAGUUCCACGCACGAGUCACACUUCUCGCAGAAGGUUGCCACGGAAGUUUGACAAAGCAAGUGAUUAAGAAGUACGACCUGCGCCGGAACAGCGACCCCCAAACAUAUGGCCUGGGCAUUAAGGAAAUCUGGGAAGUCCAGCCAGAGAAGUUCCGCUCUGGAGAGAUCACCCACUCUAUGGGAUACCCGCUGCCAAAGGACACAUACGGCGGUGCUUGGAUGUACCACUUCGGCGACAACAUGGUCAGCAUUGGCCUUGUGGUUGGUUUGGACUAUCCCAACCCUUGGCUUUCACCGUACGGUGAGUUCCAGAAGAUGAAGCACCACCCCAUGUUCAAGGAUGUGCUCGAGGGCGGCAAGUGCAUCUCAUACGGUGCCCGCGCUCUCAACGAAGGUGGUUUCCAGUCCAUCCCCAAGUGCGCGUUUCCAGGAGGUGCCCUGAUCGGUGAUACCGCGGGAUUCCUCAACGUCCCCAAGAUCAAAGGUACACACACCGCCAUGAAGUCGGGUAUGCUUGCCGCCGAGGCAGCAUUUUCCGCUCUCAAGGGCGAAGACAAGGGCACAGUCUUCCUAUUCGACUACGAGAAAGCACUCCGCGAUUCCUCCAUCUGGAAGGAGCUAUACGAAGUGCGCAACAUUCGGCCUUCCUUCAACACACCCCUUGGUUUCUUCGGUGGACUUCUCUACUCCGGACUGGAAGCCUACGUGUUCAAGGGCCGCGUCCCAUGGACCCUCAACCACCAUGGCACCGAUGCCGAGGCUACCAAGCUCGCCUCGCAAUACAAAAAGAUCGACUACCCCAAGCCCGACGGCAAGAUCAGCUUCGACAUCUUAACCAGCGUGAGCCGCACGGGCACCAACCACGAAGAGGACCAGCCUGUACACCUCCAAGUGGAGGACUGGGACAAGCACACAGACCUAGCAUGGCCCGCUUACAAGGGCAUCGAGAACCGAUUCUGCCCUGCCGGAGUGUACGAGUAUGUCGAGGACCCCAGCAAGAAGCACGGGGUCCGAUUCCAAAUCAACUCCCAGAACUGUAUCCACUGCAAGACAUGCGAUAUCAAGGUCCCUACUCAGGAUAUUAACUGGCAAACCCCUCAGGGUGGAGAGGGUCCCAAGUAUAUCAUGACUUAA